UUACCAACACAAGGUGGUCGGGAACAUCUUCUGUCUCCUGAACAGGAAACUGAAAUAAUCAACAUGGUCCUAGAAAAUAACGCCAUAACAUUAUGGCAAAUACAAAGAAAAAUACUAGAAAACAAUGAGAUGUUUCAAAACAUUGAUAGGGUAAGCUUAUCAACACUGGACCGUGUCUUGCGCAGAAAUAAUCUGAGGAUGAAGCAGGUCUACAGGGUGCCAUUUGAACGCAAUUCAGAAAGAGUCAAAGAAUUGCGACAUAACUAUGUGCAAAGAGUCCUUGAGCUAGAGGUGGCUGCAGUGGAGCACCAGUUCAUCUUCAUUGAUGAGGUUGGAUUCAACCUCACAAAAAGACAAAAGAGGGGAAGGAAUAUCAUCGGCCAGCGUGCCAUUGUUGAAGUCCCUGGCCAGCGCGGAGGGAACGUCACAAUGUGUGCAGCGAUUACCCACCAAGGCGUCCUCCUUCACCAUGCUACCCUUGGCCCCUACAACACUGCCCAUCUGAUCACAUUCCUGGACACCCUACACAACACCCUCAUUCCACCAGAUCAGGUAGAUGGCCCAGAGCAGCUCAGGUAUGUUGUCAUUUGGGACAACGUAAGUUUCCACAGGGCUGCUCUGGUUCAUAACUGGUUCACUGCCCACCCACGCUUUUUAGUUGUUUAUCUCCCUCCAUAUUCGCCAUCCCUCAAUCCUAUUGAGGAAUUUUUUUUCUGCCUGGAGAUGGAAAGUGUAUGA